GUAGGAUACAUGCUCAGAAGAGUUAUAAAAUCAAGCGCAGAAAAUUUGCUGCCUAUAGACAUGAUGGUGGUAAAUUACGAAAAACUAUCCACCCCUGAUUUCUCCUAAACCUUCGACGCGCCCUCCCUUCUAAACGCUGCGCUAACGACAAGUCGCCCUAGUCAUCUGUUCUAAAAAAAAAGCUAAAUUGUGUCAAACUUAGCUAUUUUUUUUUAGCACUUAAAUCAUUUGUAGCAAUUUUUCAAAAACUCUGUCUGAACUGCGCGGCACAUUCAAACAUGUCACGCACUAUCCUUACAUUUCCGAACAGGGACUGAAAAAUCUCUCUAACUAUCAAUACAAAGCGACGGACUUCUCUCUGAUCUCGAAAAAGUUCCUCCAGCCGAUUUGGACCAAACUCUCUGAAUUUGUCCCCGAAUGGCUUGCACCCAACCUGAUCACCCUGAGCGGAUUUUUCUUCUGUCUCACCAUGUACCUGCUGAGUCUCUAUUACGCGCCGAACCUAACGGAGACCUAUCCACCGUGGUUGUACCUGCUCAACUUUUUCUUGAUUCUAGCAUACCAAACUGUGGACGCAUUGGAUGGAAAACAAGCGAGAAGGACCCGAACAAGCUCUCCUCUAGGUGAGCUUUUCGAUCACGGCUGCGACUCUUUCGCCAUCUUCUUCGUCCUCGUCUCUACGGCGUCCGUCCUAAGAACGGGGAUCACGUAUUUCAUCUAUUUUGGUACAGCCGUCAUCCUUCUGUCCUUCUACACGACCCAACUGGAAGACUACUUUACCGACGUCCUGACCUUAGGGUACUUUGACGCCACAGAAGGACAAAUCAUCGCCAUGAUCUUGAACUUGGUGGCCUUUUUCAAAGGACCUCAGGUGUUCUCCUACGCCGUCCCGCUGUUCAAAUCAAUCACGUUUUCAGAACUGUUCAUAUACAUGUGUAUAAUAACUGGAAUUUUUCACGUAGCUAGAAACAUUUGGCAGAUCUUCUCGGUAGUUAAGUUGCGCGAAUUUUUACUGGCCGAUGUCCUCCAACGCCUUUUGUCCGUAUCUGUGCUAUUGAUCGUUGCCAGUGCCUGGUAUUUCAUAGAGUCAACGUCCAUGUCAACUCAUAGCCUCCACCUAUAUCUCUGUAUGCUCACUUUAGCCUUCGCCAACCUGAUCAUCCAAACCAUUGUUGCUCGCAUAUGCCAGCUGAAAGCACCCACCACCCACUUCCUUUUACUCAUCCCAGCGCUGGUAGGAUUCAUGCACGCCAACGCCGGCUACCCUGUAACAUCCAACCAGAAUAUGAUCAUUGCUAUCCUGACGCUCUACUUGGUGAUUUAUUUGCACUACGUCCUGUCUAUCGUUCAUCAGAUCACGACGCAUUUAAACAUUCGAUGUUUCAUCACUCUCAGCCGAAACAAAGCAUCAAGAAACAAUAAAAAUUUGCACUCGUGCCUCAUUUCUCCCUUCGCGUUCUUCUGCUCGAAUUGUAAGUCGCCAGAGCGUCGGAGUCGGUUUUUUGCGGCCAAUUUGCUCGGCGCCAGUCGAAAAGGGGUUCGAGCGCUGCAAGUUGCAUUCGCGGACAGCGGCCGUGCAGAGCAAUUCGCAGGCAAAAAGCGCCUGGGAGCGCGCGUCGGCUCGGCCAGGGAAACCAGGCCGCGUGGUGUACGAAAAAAGCGAAAGGCAUCUGUCCGACGGGGCGAAGGCAAAAAGUGA